CAAGUUUAUACAUUCAUUUCACUGAAAUACAUUUUCUUUUGUGUUUCUUUAGAGGCACUGAAAUACAGGUGUUCUAAAUUAUGUAAGAGCAAAAACAUUACUUUGAUUUCUAUGAAUACGCAUGGUCACUUUUACGGUUGAGUGAUUACAAAACAGUUGUAAAAAAUCUGAAAUACAAGAAGCUGUGGAUGGCAGUUUGUAAACAAACUCACUAUAGAAAGUAGGAUAGUUUAAUAUACGUGAAUCUGUAAAUCGUUCUUACCACACCAAACAGCAUGUCUAUGAGAAUUCAUCGUUUCUUCAGAUUUUCUACUCGUAAAUAUCACACAUCUAAUCUUCUUUCAAACAAAGAAGCAUCGACGAAUUUAGUUUAUGAUGCUAAAAGUAUCAUUGAAAAACAAUUACAAGCAUCGGUUCAAGUUCCAAAGAAGAAAAUCUGGCAUGAAAAGGCGGUCCUAGAAGCACUUGAAGGUAGCACUAAUCUAAUACAUCUUCCAAACCAUACCCUUGAAACACCAGAUUAUUGGCCUAAAGGAACAUUGUCGAAAAAAACGGACACAGCUGCUUUAAAGAGUGGUAAAGCAGCAGCAGAGUACAUAAUCCAAAACCACCCUGAAUAUUUCCAAGACGACUGGGAUGCAACCAAUGUUGAAACCUGGAUGAAAAACUUUGACGAGGAUUUGCCAGCUCUGGAGGAUGGAGCAAAGAGCAAAGACAAUGUGGAAAAAAAAGAAGAGAAAGUCUUCUCAGAUUCAGUAGACUCCUUAAAUGAAUUAUUGGAGUUGAAAAAGGUUGAAAAAUCUGGUGAAAUGUAUUUACGCCUUCACAAAACUUCUGUUGAAGUUCCAACAUCUACUACUAACCAGUUACUUGGCUUGCUAGCUUAUACCAGAUGCAGUACAGAUGAAUUAAAAUCGACUAAAAGGUGGCCAUCUACAACUUUGCACCAACAGCUCUGCUGGAAUCUGUUCGCCAUAACGUGGAAAUGACCAAAAAACUUUACAAGAUCAUACACACUGGACAUAACUUAAAACAUUUUGUCAACCAACAGACUCAAAACUUGUUUUUCACCCGAUACUUGGAAACCAUGGUUAAGUUUGACAGGAUUGAAACAGCUUGGGAAGCGGUGUCUACCGUCUGCCACGUGUACUCAUUACCUCCAACUAUGUUUAACGAGGGUUUGUUAAAAGCAGUGUUGCGAGAUGAAAAACCGGAAUAUAUUCCUCUCUUGUGCCCAAACUUAUCCAGGAAGAAGCAACUUGAGUUUAUGACUGUGUGUUUAAGUGCUGGUAAAAAGCUGAUUAAUCACGCCGAUAAAGAUACAAUCACACAGCUUAAGAACAUUGCGGAACACUGUAUGACCAUUGCUAACAAUGAGUCCAACACCCAACAGUUUAAUGAGUCGAUUAAUAUGUCCCUUCAUAUCAUUAUUUUAUCGGGUGAUAUCACUGCACUUCUCAAUGCAGUGGGAAUGGUUCUGCAAAACUAUAAAUCAGCCAUUAUCAGUUCAGAAACUAUGACAAUGUGUGAGGAAUUUUCAACAAAAGAAGGCAACGCUGCGUUAAUUAAAAAAAUUCGCCAGCUUCGUAAAUUCUAUGAAACCCAGGAUGAAACAAAUGCAGGAGCUAAACGAGAAAUUAAGAAAAAGUGAAUUUAGUAUUUUGAUAAAUAUGUUCCAAUAAAUAACAAAACAAUCUUGGUUGAACUACAGUUCCCAAAAAAAAAGUUGCU